AUGACAUUACCUAAAAUAAUUUUAUCAAAUGAAGGGAGAAUAUUAUAUAAUACAAAAAAUCAUCCAAUAAGGACGGUAAAAAAUAUGAUUGAACACUUUUUUAAAUUUGAAAAUUUUGAUAAUUUAAAUUAUGAAACAUCUAUAAAACAAAAUUUUGAUGAAUUACUUGUUCCCUUAUCACAUCCAGCUAGAAGUAUUAAAGAUACCUUUUAUUUGAAUGAAAAUUAUAUAAAAAAUUUUAAUUUUCUUUUUGAAAAUUAUUAUAUAAGACUUGACACUUUAAACAAGUUUUACAAAUAUUAUCUAUCUAAUAAAAUAUUAAAUCAUGAUAAUAUAAAAUUGAUGAGAACACAUAUGACUACACAUCUACCAUAUUUGUUAAAAAAAAAUUAUAGAAAUGUUAUUUAUACAGGUACUGUAUAUAGAAGAGAUGAAAUUGAUAAAUAUCACUUUCCUAUUUUUCAUCAAACAGAUGGCUUUUUAAUGCGGUCUGAAAGUUUUGAAGUAGAAGCUGAUUUGAAAAUAAAACUUGAAAAAUUAAUUAAUUACUUAUUUAAAUCUAACAAAAUUGAAAUGAAAUGGGAAGAUAAUACAUCUUUCCCAUUUACUGAUCCUUCUUAUGAAUUAUAUAUAAAAAGAGAAAAUGAUAAAAAAUGGAUAGAAAUUUUGGGAUGCGGUAAGAUAAAAAAAGAAGUAAUUUAUAUGAGUUUAUAUGAAAAAGAUAUAAAAAAAAUAAUAGAAAAUGAAAUUUAUACAUUUGAUAAAAAUUUGAAAAGUACUCUCGAUAAUUAUCCUAAUAACAAAAUUUUAUUUCAAACAAAAAAUAAAGAAGAAUGUAAUUCUAUUAUCAAUAAAUUUUGUAAUAAACAAUUAAAUAAUCAAAUUACACUUAAAAUAAAUGAGUUUUUAAAAAACAUAAACUAUCAAGGAUGGGCAUUUGGUAUAGGUUUAGAAAGAUUAUGUAUGCUGUUAUAUGGUAUUGAAGAUAUUCGUUUAUUAUGGAGUAAUGAUAAAAGAUUUAUUAACCAAUUUAAAGAAAAUGAAAUCACAAAAUUUUAUCCAUUUAGUAAUUUUCCUUCAAUUAAAAAAGAUAUUUCGUUUUAUAUUAAUGACAACUUUAAAGAAAAUAUAUUUUUUCAAUUAUGUAGAGAUAUAGCCCAUGAAAACAUUGAAGAAGUAAAAAAAGUGGAUCAUUAUUUUAACCCCAAAACAAAUGAGACAAGUGUAUGUUAUAGAAUUACAUAUCGUUCGCAUAAUCAGAAUUUAACACAUAAAUUUGUCAAUAAUAUACAAAAUAAAAUUAUAGAAAGUUUAAUUAAAGAAUGUUCUGUUCAUGUAAGAUAA